AAUUCAAAGGACACAAGACGCCGUCUUAUACUGAGUCAGACCGUCAUGCCAACCCGCUGAGUGUGGCCUGCACUUACCUGAGCUCCCAGCCUCACUGGGAGAUCUGUCAGGGAUUCACAGAAUCAUAGAAUUGUAGAGUUGGAAGGGACCCCCCGAAGAUCAUCCAGUCCAACCCCCCUGCGGCGCAGGAGUGCAAAGCAGAUAUACUCUGUUGCUGAGAUUUGCCCUUUCGCCAGGGGCUGUAGAGGAAGGCAAAGAAGAACAUCAGAAAAGCCUGCAGGAUGAGGCCAAUGGCAGAUCCAGUACUGCAUUACCAAAAGGGAGAUUAAGACUAAAGGUUUUCUGACGGUAAGAGCCAUUCAACAGACUUCCUCGGGAGGUGGUGGGCUCUACCUUCCUUGGAGCUUUUUAAGCAGAGGUCGGGUUGCCAUCUGUCAGGGAUGCUUGAGCUGAGAUUCCUGCAUUGCAGGGGGUGGACUAGAUGGCCCUCGGGGGUCCCUUCCAACGGCAUGAUUCUGCAAACCUGAUCUCACCGUGACAAAGAUUCCUGUGAGAAACCCACAAGCAGGAUCCAAGCACGAGAGGAACACUCUCCUCUGGUUUCCAGCCGGUGUCGGAUUUACAUAUAAGCUAUAUAGCUUGGGGGGGGUUAUACUUCUUAAUUGUAUUUUAGAUCAACAAUUACUUGGAUAAAACACAUAUUUUGUGAUGUGAAAAUGGCUUGAGAUACCUAUGAGGUCCAUAAAUAACCAUACAGCAUAUAUUCAACACAAAAACAGCGACCAUUUGUUGUGGACAAAGGGCAGCUGGACAUAAAAAGGGCCCCAUUGCCUUCAGGAGCUGAGGGCCUCACCAAACCUCAAUCCGGCCCUGUUUCCAGCAACUGAAAUUCAGAAGCAUUGCCGCCGCCAACUGUGGGGGCAGAACGCAGCCAUUGUGGGUAUGUGAACAACCUGAGUCUGGUCCCCAUCAGCCUCUGCAAGAUGGGCCAGAGGACAGGGACGCCAGCCGAGGCUCACUGGUCAAAGUUUGUAGGAUGCCAUAACCAUUGAAAAGAGUUCUGCCAGAACACCAUGACCGAGAAGUUCCAAGAUCCUCCCUCCCCAUAUUUUGUUACCCCCUGAAUGGGAUGGAGAAACUGCAGGGGUGGUUUUGGGCUACCCUUAGCAUCUACAAAUAUAUUCCGAGUGUGUGUGGUUGUUUUGUGACAUUUAAAACACAGCAGUGGGGUUCUAGAUUUAAAGAGGGUGCUGUGGGUUAAACCACAGAGCCUAGGACUUGUCGAUCAGAAGGUCGGCGGUUCAAAUCCCCGCGAUGGGGUGAGCUCCCGUUGCUCGGUCCCUGCUCCUGCCAACCUAGCAGUUCAAAAGCACGUCAAAGUGCAAGUAAAUAAAUAGGUACCGCUCCGGCGGGAAGGUAAGUGGUGUUUCCGUGCAUUGCUCUGGUUCACCAGAAGCGGCUUAGUCAUGCUGGCCACAUGACCCAGAAGCUGUACGCUGGCUCCCUCGGCCAAUAAAGCAAGAUGAGCGCCACAACCCCAGAGUCGGUCACGACUGGACCUAAUGGUCAGGGGUCCCUUUACCUUUACUUUAUCUAAAGCUUUUAUCGGCAGAGAGAAACCUCUUUCUCCAUGGCUUCCUCUGCUGAAGAAUCCCAGGACCUUCACCCAGGAAUGUUCAUAGUAUCAUCGAAUUGUAGAGUUGGAAGGGAACACCAAGAGUCAUCUAGCAAUGCAGGGAUCUCAGCUCAAGCAUCCAUGACAGAUGGCCACCCAACCACAGCUUAAGCACCACCAAUGAGGGAGAGUUCACCACCUUCCAGGGGGUCCCUUACCGCCAGAAAGUUCUUCCUAACCUUUAGUUGCUCUCUCCUUUCUCCUCUUUAAUUUCUGCAAAGCUCGUCUCUUUGAUGCCAGCUGAAGGCCAUUUUUAUUCACCCAGGCAUUUUGAGCAGCUUGGAUUUUCUAAAGUUAUAAUCUCUGCUUCUUCUGUUACCGUUUCUGGUUUACCAUAUUAUUAGUUUAUUUCCCCGCUUCCUCCACCCGAAGGGAGAAAUUUCCAUUUUAUUGGCUUUGCGUUUUAAAAUAUGGCACUUUCUUCUUUCGAUGGUUGCCACUGUUAACGGAGAAAUCUGAGGGCUCCUUUGGACAAAAAAAACAAGGACACCAGCCAGGAAUACCAGAGCAAAACAGCAGCCAGUCGGCUUGGUCUUUCUUGAAGACGGUCGCGACAAGACUCCCACCUGCCACAAGGUGGAGCAAGAUGGAAGCCCCGAACAAAAGAACCCCCAAACUUUUAUUAGCUGCUAAUCCCCAUGUUACACCCCCCAAAACUACAUCAUUCAUACAUCACGGUUACAUCAUGAAAGGGGAGGUCUGGUGGCAGUAAUCUGAGCAUCCUGGACCCUGCCCCAUGGUUCUCCUUGCCCUCUACCAAACACCCAUCAAGUGGAACAAAAGAGAUAUUUACAUUUCCCUGUUUCCCAGCCAAGUUACCAGGUAAUCACACCCUUUUGUCUUCAUCUGGGUUUCUUAUUUCUGGAAUGGCUACCUGUCUGGCACUCAGGUAUCAGGAUGCCAGGGAUUAUCACUCAGGCAGAGGGGGUGCUGAGUAGCUGAGCUCACAGGUCUAGAUGAAUUUCUGAAGUUGUCCCUAUGAGCCAUUACAGUACAUAGAUACAUUGAUCAGUGAAUUCUUACAUUUGGUAUCGUGCAGCAAAGGCCCUUUGAACAGAUAGGAAGAAACUGAGAUGAAGUGUUUUGUGGGGAAUAAAGCACAAAAGUCACAAAAGCGAUUGUGCUGAUUUUGGUAGUGGGCUGCGUGUGCAUGAUAUCUGCUGGAGGGGCAAUCUCACCCCCCCCAUACAUAAAUUCCUGCAACACCGUGCAAGUGUAGCUGAUAAUACCUGAGUCAGUAAAUACGCAUCUUGAAUUUCCCCCACCUUGGAGUGGGCACCCAGCUGUGUGGGACUGGACCGGGCAAAGGACUGUGGCGCUGCUUUCUUUUGCAGAUGCUGCGUUGCCAGCGAGUGGCUGGGUACCUCGUCUUGGCCAUCACCCUCUUCCAGUGGCAAUCCAGGACAACUUUCCAGGUAGCGGCAUUGCAAGAGGUAAGCGGUGAUCUCAAAAAAGGCCCAGCUGUUUCUGGCAAGCCCAGAUUUCUGCACCGAAGACGUUCUCCUAUGGCUGGGAUUUCUUAUUUCAAAGCGCCCUCGAGCGGUCAGAGUUCAAAUCUCUCUCUCUCUUUUUAAAUGCUCUUAAAAGCAGUUUGAAAAGACCAUAAGAAGAGUUUUGCUGCCAUCAAUCCUCCUUCUUCCUCUAUGCUAGAGGCAAGGACAAUUAAAAGUGCCUUUAAAAGAGGAACAGGCAAAUUCCCGGAAGAGGAGAAAGUUGGUGGUGCCAGGUCAGCACUGAAGUUAUAAGUCUCCGAUGCCAGAGAAGUAAACUCUUUACUCAAAUAAACCCAAAUACAGCUCAGGUCCACGCAACCCUUUUAUUUCUUAAAGUAUUUGCAGAUUGAUCAAUACAGAUCACUUUAAUUCCAGCCAGGAAAGAAUUACCUAUGUCCAUUUUCUCUAACACCUUAAUCAAAAAUGACCAAGGCUUUCUCCACAUCUAAAAAUAUUAAGGCGGCCUGUUUUUCAUUUCUCACUUCCAAAUACUCUAUUAGGUUAAUUACAUUUCUUAUAUUGUCCUUCAUUUAUCAGCCUGGUGAGAACCCGACUUGGUCUCUGUGGACUGACUCAGUCAGUGUCUUUUUUAGUCUGUUAGCUAUAAUUGUACCAACUAGUUUAUGAUCACAGUUCAGUAAAGAAAUAGGUCUGUAAUUUUUUUGUCUUUGUUAAGUCACCAUCUUGCUUAGGGAUCAGGGUAAUAAAUGACCCGGGAAUUACUCCAGUCACCAAAAUUCUAUUCCUGGUGUCCUUAAGUAGUUCAAGAAGUGCAUCCUGGAACUUUUUAUAAUAAAUUGCUGAAAGUCCAUCUGGCCCUGGUGCUUCAUUCUAUUUAUGAUGUUGUUGUUGUUGUUGUUUAGUCGUUUAGUCGUGUCCGACUCUUUGUGACCCCCUGGACCAGAGCACCCCAGGCACUCCUGUCUUCCACUGCCUCCCACAGUUUGGUCAGACUAAUGUUGUUACUUCGAGAACACUGUCCCACCAUCUCGUCCUCUGUCGUCCCCUUCUCCUUGUGCCCUCCAUCUUUCCCAACAUCAGGGUCUUUUCCAGGAAGUCUUCUCAUGAGGUGGCCAAAGUAUUGGAGCCUCAGCUUCAGGCUCUGUGCUUCCAGUGAGCACUCAGGGCUGAUUUUCUUCAGAAUGGAGAGCUUGGAUCUUCUUGCAGUCCAUGGGACUCUUAAGAGUCUCCUCCAACACCAUAAUUCAAAAGCAUCAAUUCCUCGGCGAUCAGCCUUCUUUAUGGUCCAGCUCUCACUUCCAUACAUCACAACUGGAAAAACCAUAGCUUUAACUAUAUGGACCUUUGUUGGCAAAGGUCCGUAUAGUUAUUCUAUUUAUACCCAUUUGUAAUUCCAAUAUCGAUAUGGGUGCAUUCAGGCUUAGUCGAUUUUCUUUGGGUACUCGGAGUAUAUUACAGUCACUUUCCCAGGAGGUCUUGCCCCAAUGACAUGGUUGCAAGGUCCCUGCCUUCCCAUCCCUCUCUAAGCUCUUCCGCUCCAGGUUUUCCCCACUCAGUCUCAAACUGCAUCUGCGUACAACUGUUCUGCUCUUUUCAUUUCUCUACGCGUUCUUGGAGACCAGCAGGGAGGGGAGCUGGUUACAGCAGGAGGGGGGGACCUCCCUGGCUCCCUCAGCAUCCUGCCUCAUGGCUGCCUCUGUCCCUGCUCCUCUUCAGCCUUUGCUUCUGCCUUUGAUUCUGGACUGCCCUCUGCCACAGCCUCUUCCUGCUCACUUAGACCUGUUACCUCUUCAGCUUCCAACACCUCCUCCUCCUCCUCCCUGUCUUCUCUCUCUGACCAUCCAUUGUUGGCCCACCACCUGUCCCUUGACUCUUCACUUGGGAAUUCCCUUACGGGUUCCCCGGCUGGUGUCUCCCAGCACUCCUCCGAAUCCAGCCAGUCCAUGGCAGAGAGUUAUGUUAAGGAUGUAAGAACUUAAGACCCUCCUGGAUCAGGCCAAUCCGGUGCUUUUUCUUCUGGGGCUACUCAAGGGCACGCAGUACCAGCACCUUUCUUUCUAGAAGAAAAGCACUGCCCAUGACUGCGCAAAAUAUGCAGCAAAGUCAAGUGUGGAAAUAGAGGUUCUAACACCUUUAAAAUGUGCCCCUGUAAGGUACAGUGGAUGCAUGGGUUGCGAACGUGAUCCGUGAGGGAUGCAUGUUCCCAACCCGCAGCUUUCGCAACCCACAGUGGUGCAUCUGCACACGCAUGGGCUGCGAUUCGGCGCUUCUGCACAUGUGCGACCGCCGAAACCUGGAAGUAACCUGUUCCGGUACUUCUGGGUUCCGGCAGUCCGUAACCAAAAAAAACGCAACCUGAAGCAUCUGUAACCCGAGGUAUGGCUGUAGUUCCAGUUUCUUUCCAAAGUUUCAUGCUUUCCCCAGUACUGGAAAAAGACCACACCUCUGGUAAGUUAAAAAAUGGUUUACCUCAUACCUCAUGUUGCGUUAGGUUCAUGUUGCGUCUUUUCAGUUUGCGAACGUGGCAAACCCAGAAGUGUAUACUUCCGGGUUUCGCCGUGCGUGCAUGUGCAGAAGCAUUCUGCGCACUUCGCACAUGCGCAAAAGCACUCUAUUGCAUCACGCGUGUGCGCAGAAGCGGCACUCUAGUUACAGACUUAUCAGGAUGCGAACAGCACCCCAGAACAGAUCAAGUCCUUAACUAGAGGUACCACUAUACUCACAAACUCUCCAAAGGUCAGGUUCAUGCACUUUUCCAUAAAGCUUUCAGAAAAAGCUGCACAGGCAGUAAAACUUAACUUAGUUUUAAAAAAUGGUGAAAGUUCCUAGAUUAUUGGUACAGGAACACAAGAGGGGUUUGCAAGAGAAUGUUUUUUGGCAGAUGUCAAAAAUAGAACAGUUAAGGUACCUACCUGACAUCAACAGGCAGGGAGUUCCAAAGUGUAGGCUCAGUUAUUGUUAUUGUUAUUGUUAUUGUUAUUGAUAUUGAUAAUUAUGUUGUUGUUUAGUCGUGUCCACCUCUUCGUGACCCCCUGGACCAGAGCACGCCAGGCCCUUCUGUCUUCCACUGCCUCCCGCAGUUUGGUCAAACUCAUGCUGGUAGCUUUGAGAACACUGUCCCACCAUCUCAUCCUCUGUCGUCCCCUUCUCCUUGUGCCCUCCAUCUUUCCCAACAUCAGGGUCUUUUCCAGGGAGUCUUCUCUUCUCAGGAGGUGGCCAAAGUACUGGAGCCUCAGCUUCAGGAUCUGUCCUUCCAGUGAGCACUCAGGGCUGAUUUCCUUCCAAAUGGAUCGGUUGGAUCUUCUUGCAGUCCAUGGGACUCUCAAGAGUCUCCUCCAGCACCAGAAUUCAAAAGCAUCCGUUCUUUGGCAAUCAGCCUUCUUUAUGGUCCAGCUCUCACUUCCAUACAUCACUACUGGGAAAACCAUAGCUUUAACUAUACGGACCUUUGUUGGCAAGGUGAUGUCUCUGCUUUUUAAGAUGCUGUCUAGGUUUGUCAUUGACUGAUAAUUAUAGUAAUCCAUAAAUAAUAGCUGGAAGAUCAUUCUUUUCUCCUUUGCAGCAGCCUUCGGCUCCUUCCUCUCCCCCGGGUGAGGGUCGUCUGUCUCUGUCUGGCCAGGAGAAGCCAGCUGCCGACUUGGUCGCAAAGCUUCUCCUCUUCGACGAGCUGGUGUCCCUCGAAAAUGAUGUCAUCGAGACGAAAAAGAAGCGGAGUUUCUCGGGGUUUGGCUCCCCUCUCGAUAGGCUUUCGGCUGGCUCCCUGGACCUGAAAGCCAAGCAGAGGUGAGCUGUGAGGAAGAACUGGAUCUCAGAGUCAUGGAACUGCAGAAGAGACCCAAAGGUUGCUUUCUAUGCACAGGAAGAACUCUGCACAUGCUUAAAUUGCACUCCCUUAUGGAUGCUGGUAGUUUUGUAAGCAAGAAUGUGUGUACAACGAAGGACUCACCCAAACCUCCAUUUGCUCUGCUGCUUCCCCCCAGGAACCCUAUGGUUUAGUGCUGAAUCGGAACAAAUGGCAAUCAUGUUUUUCACAGACUGCUGUUUGUUCCAAUUUAGCGCUAAAGAGCGGGUUUUGGUGGGUGGGAGGAGAAGCAGGGCAAAGGCAAAGCCACUGUGCCUAGGAAGCAUGGGACUAGUGGGAAGGAGCUCAGACCCGUGUCUUCCAGGAAGGGGACAAGCAGAAGGGGGCUUGCAAUGCUGAAACAAAUUUGCAAUAAUAUGCACCGCGCACUUCUGCACCGUACGUAAAUUAAUUUGUGUCAUACUCAAAAUACAAAUGGAGGCAGCCAUUCGUCAAAGGAAGCAGAAAGCUUUCCAUCGGCCUUCCCCAACCUGGUGCCCUCCAGCUGUUUUGAACUACGGAUCUCAUCAGCCCCAAUAAGCAAGACUGAGUCUUGCUGUUCUUCUUUGGUGAUCCUUCGUAGCCGACUAAGAUUGUCUUCCAUAAACACGGUUUUAACAGUGAGUCCUUAAGUGACUGUGGAGGCCAAUUCUGGAUCCACAUGCCCUUCCACAGUGGGGACAUAGGUUUCCGGGUAGGAGUUGAUCCCGGUGAGGGUUUGCCAAACGUGCCUUCCUCUUAGCACGUUUCUCCCUUGUGUCCUGAGUUCAAGCGUCUUCAAAGCCCGUGGUGCCUUUGGUAAAGGCUGUUCUCUAACUGGAGCACUUGCAGGCCAGUGUUUCCCAAUUGUUGGUGUUUAUACUACUUUUUUUAGCUUUCCCUUGAGAUCUUUCAACCUCUUUUGUUGACCACCAGCAUUACGCUUUCCAUUUUUAAGUUCGGAAUAGAGUAGUUGCUUUGGAAGACGAUCAUCAGGCAUCCACACAACAUGACCAGUCCAACGAAGUUGGUGUUGAAGAAUCAUUGCUUCAGCACUGGUGAUCUUUGCUUCUUCCACUACACUAGCAUUAGUUUGCCUGUCUUCCCAAGUGUUGUGUAAAAAUUUUCGGAGACCCGGUUGAUGGAAUCUUUUGAGGAGUUGGAGAUGGCGUUUAGAAGUGGUCCAUGUUUCACAAAGGGAUGCAGGUGGCGCUGUGGGUUAAACCAUAGAGCCUAGGGCUUGCCCAUCAGAAGGUCGGCGGUUCGAAUCCCCGUGACGGGGUGAACUCCCGUUGCUCGGUCCCUGCUCCUGCCGACCUAGCAAUUCGAAAGCACUUCAAAGUGCAAGUAGAUAAAUAGGUACCGCUCCGGCGGGAAGGUAAACGGUGUUUCCGUGCGCUGCUCUGGUUCACCAGAAGCGGCUUAGUCAUGCUGGCCACAUGACCUGGAAGCUGUACGCCAGUGAGAUGAGUGAGAUGAGCGCCGCAACCCCAGAGUCGGUCACGACUGGACCUAAUGGUCAGGGGUCCCUUUACCUUUAUGUUUCACAAGCAUACAGUGAAGAUUGAGCCUUGCUGUAGCUUGAGAUGGCCACAAGAGGGAGCACGUCCCCACCAAAAGUUCUCUGCCAAUGAGCUUUGCUCUGUGGAAACCCCAUGAAAGUGACAGUCGCAAAUGCGUUCCAAUUCCAAUUGGAACACUUUGUGAUACUUUGGGUCUUUUAGGGCCCUGCAAAAGAAACAGAGGUCUUGCGCAUGCUGGAUCCUAGCACUCAUUGCACUAGUUCUAAUGUUUAUAAGGCCGCAAAUGAGAAACCUGCAAGCAGGAUUCGAACACAAGACCAACACUCUCCCCUUCUGUGGUUUCCACCAUCUGGAAUUCAGAAUCAUCACUGCUUCCAGCUGUAGAGGCAGAGAAGAACCAGGUUGGCUAGGAGCCAUCCAUAGUUUGAAAAGAACAAAUUCAUGGCUGGGAGGGAUAUCUAGGUUACUGACCAUCAUUGCUUCCUGCAGAAGUGAGUUCCAGGGUUCAGCUAUGCUCUGAGUAAAGAAGGGCUUUCUUUUCUCUGCCCUAAACCUUCCAACGUUCAGCUUCGCUGGGUGUUCACUGGUUCUAGUACCAUCAGGGAGAAAACCACCCUCUAUUCUCUUCCCCCAGGCCAUGAAUAAUUUUAUAAGCAUCUGCACACAGAACUUCCUUGCAGAAGAGUCGUCUCAGCCCCCUGACUGUUUUGGCUGGGGCUGGUGGGUAAAUAUCUGGAGGGCACCACUUUGGGGGCGGUUAGGAUGGAGCUUAUGCAGCAAAGGGGCAACGGGAUAUCCCAAUUAAUUGCAUCUCAUUCCGCAGGAAAGUUGUGGAAAUUCCAAAGAGACGGUUUGGAAUCCCCCUUGACCGGAUCGGAGUGAACCGUCUGAGCAACACCAGAGGUUAGCAGACGUGGGUAAGAUAAAAGCGGACUUGCAGGGCCUGUUCCUUGGCUGCAGCCUAUUAUUAUUAUUAUUAUUAUUAUUAUUAUCAUCAUCAUCCCUGGAUUGCCCCAGCCACUCUGGGCGGCUUCCAACAGAUAGGCAGCUUCCAGGGGGUUGGAAAUUAUUCUGUGUAUCGGUUUCUUCCCCGCCUCCUUCAAAUGAGCCAACAGCGUGAUGCGGCGGCAAAAAAAGCUAAUGCGAUUCUAGGCUGCAUCCACAGAAGUCUAGUGUCCAGAUCAAGGGAAGUCAUCGCAUCACUCUAGUCUGUCUUGGUCAGACCACACCUGGAGUGCUGGGUGCAGUCAGUGGCGGAUUUGGGGCUUUCGGAUUUCAGAGGAACCCUUUGUGACACCAAAAUUCAGCCCCUCCACCACCACUGCUGCCUCUUGCCUUCCAUUUUACAUCAUUGUUGCAGCCCCCCCGCCCAAGAGCCCCCUCUCAGAUCAGAGCCCAUUACGAGUGAGACGGUCACACUGCCCCAUAUCCUCCUCUGGCCCAAUUCUGGCCCAAUUCAAAAGGCUGUUGACAAGCUGGGGAGCAUGAAGGGGAGGGUGACCAAGAUGAUCAAGGAUCUAGAAGCCAAUAAUAAUAAUAAUAAUAAUAAUAAUAAUAAUAAUAAUAAUUUAUUAUUUACCAGUAUACCCCACCCAUCUGGCUGGGCUUCCCCAGCCACUCUGGGCGGCUUCCAACAAAAUAUUAAAAUACAAUAAUGCUUCCCUAAACAGGGCUGCCUUCAGAUGUCUUCUAAAAGUCUGGUAGUUGUUGUUCUCUUAGACAUCUGGUGGGAGGGAGUUACACAGGGCGGGUGCCACCACCGAGAAGGCCCUCUGCCUGGUUCCCUGUAACUUCGCUUCUCGCAGAGAGGGAACCGCCAGAAGGCCCUCGGAGCUGGACCUCAGUGUCCGGGUAGAACAAUGGAGGUGGAGACGCUCCUUCAGGUAUACAGGACCGAGGCUGUUUAGGGCUUUAAAGGUCAGGACCAACACUUUGAAUUGUGCUCGGAAAUGUACUGGGAGCCAAUGUAGGUGUUUCAAGUUAUGUGGUCUCGGCGGCUGCCCCCAGUCACCAGUCUAGCUGCCGCAUUCUGGAUUAAUUGCAGUUUCCGGGUCACCUUCAAAGGUUGCUCCACGUAGAGCACAUUGCAGUAGUCCAAGCGGGAGAUAACCAGAGCAUGCACCACUCUGGCCAGACAGUCUGCGGGCAAGGAGGGUCUCAUCCUGCGUACCAGUUGGAGCUGGUAGACAGCUGCCCUGGACACAGAAUUGACCUGCGCCUCCAUGGACAGCUGUGAGUCCAAAAUGACUCCCAGGCUGCACACCUGGUCCUUCAGGGGCACAGUGACCCCAUUCAGGACCAGGGAGUCCUCCACACCCACCCGCCCUCUGUCCCCCAAAAACAGAAACCAAGGAACAGUUGGGGGAGCUGGGUAUUGAUAUCAGGCCUAGGCGUGACGUCAAGAGGCAGGGAGUUCCAAAGUGCAUGACAAUGACCAGGUGUGCUGCCUUGCCCCCGUUCCAGAGGGUGCACACUGCCUCGUAGAACUUUGGGGGCUGCCCAGCCCCUUCGUUGAAAAUUUGUGGGUGCCUGGGCCCCCAAGGCCCAGCAUAGAUGGCGCCUACAACAAUGUCCACGCCAGGCAUCAUUUUAUAAACCUUAAGCAUUUCACCUCUUCCUGGUGUGAGGAAUGCAGGAAGCACUUGGGCGAAUGGUUGUAACAAAUAUUACGCGUUCCUGUAGGGCAGCCUUUGCUACUCUGGCACUCUCCAGGUGGGCAAGGGGUGCCUUAGGGCAUAGGGCAUUGCAAGGGGUGAGGCUCUCACGCAUCUCCCCUUCUUUGCCCUGGGGAGGAGACUCAUAGAAUUAUAGAAGUGUAGAGAUGGAGGGGACCCCAAGGGUCAUCUAGUCCAACCCCCUGCAAUGCGGGAAUCUCAGCUAAAGCAUCCAUGACAGAUGGCCUGGUCAGGAGCUCACCCUCCUCUUGAGUAGGACCCUGGCAGAAACACAUACCCGACUGGCAUGUUCUCUCCUUCCUGGUCGAUCGUUCAGGAGCUUCAUAAGCUUUCUUCUGCCUGAACAUCACAGCAACUGAUGCCAACAGACACCGGCACACUUAGGGAUCUGCAGAGUCUUUGCAGCUUGCGUAACAGACCUCAGCAACUUAGCAUUUUGGCUAAUCUACUUUAUUUACAGGGAUGCGGGUGGAGCUGUGGGUUAAACCACAGAGCCUAGGACUUGCCGAUCAGAAGGUCGGCGGUUUGAAUCCCCACGACUGGGUGAGCUCCCGUUGCUCAGUCCCAGCUCCUGCCAACCUAGCAGUUCGAAAGCACGUCAAAGUGCAAGUAGAUAAAUAGGUACCGCUCCAGCGGGAAGGUAAACGGCGUUUCUGUGCGCUGCUCUGGUUCGCCAGAAGCGGCUUAGUUAUGCUGGUCACAUGACCCGGAAGCUGUACGCUGGCUCCCUCAGCCAAUAAAGCGAGAUGAGCGCCGCAACCCCAGAGUCGGUCACGACUGGACCUAUUGGUCAGGGGUCCCUUUACCUUUUAUUUUAUUUACAUAUAAACACACACGGAGCACUGCAACAUGGCUCCCUCUCUCUCUAGCAUCCGACAGCAAAGAGAAAAAGAACAAAGGACAAUAGUCCCGCUUCACGGAACACAGGAACACAAACAUCCUGCCUCCAUCACUUCCCACUCUGUGGAGUCAAAACCUACACCGUCAUGGGAUAGACAACAAUCCCAUGACUGCAAACACGGAGCAGGAAUUCUAACAGGGCUUCUAUAUUGCAGGGCACACCCACAAGAAGCUAAAAAGAAAACAGCCAAGAGGGGCCCUCAAACCUCCUUAUUCAAGCUUGAAAAGCUCUAACUGGGAGGAGGCUGUGCGCAUGUCCAGCUUGGGGGCUUUACAAUGGGGACGUCUUGGUUGACCCCCAUGAGAACAGAAUGAUGGACCAGAUGUGCCUUGGCCCUGAUGAGAGCCUGGCUGGAUCAGACCCAUGGUCCAUGCAGUCCAGCAUCCUGUUCUCAGCAGUGGCCGACCAGGUACCCCUUUGGGGAAGAAGAAGAAGAAGAAGAAGAAGAAGAAGAAGAAGAAGAAGAAGAAGAAGAAGAAUUUAUUUAUACCCUGCCCAUCCGGCUGGGUCCUUGCAGCCACUCUGGGCGGCUUCCAACAAAACACUAAAAUACAAUAACCUUGAAGGAGGACCUGGGCACAAAAAACCUCUUCUCGUCUCCUGUGACUUCCAGCAAGAGCUGUUCAAGCUGUUCAGGAGCUCAUUGAUCCAGCUACAAGGCUCCUCUUAUGGGUUUCUUUUCUCUCCCCCCCCCAUGACUUCCCCCCCCUACAGGUUUGCCCGCCCUGGUGGACGCCCUCCGCAGAACAUCUCCCACUGCCAAAGGCACUUCCGCCAGUCCCACCGCCACUCCCAGGGACUUUGCAGUUCAGAAACAGGCCUCCUAA